ACAACGACGACCAUGUCUGCUCUCCGCUUUCUGUCUGCUGCCGCCAGGCGCGCGCCCGCGACUCUUGCGGCUCAGCGUCGAGGAUAUGCCGAGGCUGUUUCCAACAAACUGAAGCUCUCGCUUGCCCUGCCUCAUCAGGCUAUCUAUACGUCGACAGACGUGACUCAGGUGAACCUGUCGGCCGCGACCGGUGAUAUGGGUGUCCUCGCGAACCACGUACCGACGGUUGAGGCUCUCCGACCUGGCAUUGUCGAGGUCGUUGAGUCUGCUGGCAGCUCGAAAAAGUGGUUCGUCUCUGGCGGCUUCGCAAUUGUCCACCCGAACAACAAGAUGACGAUCAACGCCGUUGAGGCCGCCCCCAUCGAAGACUUCUCCCUCGAGGCUGUUCGUGCCAACCUCGCUGAAGCCAACAAGGUGCUUGCCGGUAGCGGCUCUGAGGAGGACAAGGCGGAGGCGCGGAUAGAAGCAGAUGUUUACGAGGCCAUCCAACGCCACCUUUAGAGUAUGGGUCAUACGUGUCCAGUUCGCUCCUUGAUGUGCAUUAAUCAUCUUCAUUAUCCUCCUCAUUGCCGACGCAGUCGCGUUCAAACUACAUAACGAGCCGCUCCCUGCCAAGACUACAGUUAU